UUAUUUUCGUACGGGGACGUCGGAGUUGCGGACGUCGUCGCCUCGUCCGGUGUGCGGCUGUGCAAUAUAGCAAUAUAUUCUAUUAUUUUAGUCAUAGAUAUUACCACAGAGUCGACGAGGUGCAUUGACAAGUUGCCCAAAACGGACGGUUACAUUUAGGUAAUCGCAGCCCUUGGCGUACGCCGACCGAUCGACUAUGGACAAAAAAAGAAAAGGCUAUAGAAGAGGAGACACAAUUUUAAUCGAUAAACCGUUUGUUCACGCUCUAAAGUCUACAUUCAAAAACGAAAAAUGUGAUUAUUGCUACUCCGAGGAUAACCUGUCUAGAUGUUCAGGAUGUCAAUACAUCCUUUAUUGUAACCGUACUUGCCAGAAGCUUUCCUGGACUGAGCAUAAGCGAGAAUGUGCUAGAAUGAAAAAAAUUCAUCCUAAAAUACUACCAGAUGCAGCACGGAUUAUGUCAAAAAUACUAAUUAAGCUUAAGAAUGGAGGAAGUACAGAAAAAGGUUAUUACACAUCUAAUCGUUCUAGAACAUUCAAGGAUCUCAUGUCACAUUAUCCAGAUUUAAAGGAUGACACCCAUCGAUUAGAACAUUUCUCUACACUAUGUGAAGUGUUAAAAGAAUACAUGGGUGAAGUUAAUCUUCCUAACGCUGUUGAAUUACUUGGAAUUUAUGGCCGGAUGUGCAUUAAUGCAUUUAAUAUAUUGGAUGAUAAUUUAAACACCAUAGGAACUGGAAUAUAUUUAGCAGCUUCAGUAAUAAAUCAUUCAUGUGUACCUAAUGCAACUGCAACAUUUGAUGGUAGUACAUUGAGAAUUGGUGCUAUUAUGGAUAUUGAAUAUUCUGAUCCAGAAUUGCAUGUAUUUAUAUCAUAUUUGGAACUCAUGCAAACUACAUCAGAAAGACGAAGUGAAUUACAAAAUAACUAUUAUUUCUUAUGUGAAUGCUUACGUUGUGUUACAAAUUAUGAGCAAAAUUUUGUAAACUCAAUGCUCUGUGAAAAUUCUGAUUGUCAAGCUGCAGUUCCUAUGAAAAGCAAACAAGAUGAGGUUUUGGAUUCAAUUAGUUGUUCAAAAUGUUUGAAAAAAAUCAGUGAAGAUAAAAUUAAAACCUUUUACGAUGUGACUGAUUUCACAGAGUUCCAAUUAAGUAGAAUGAAAGAUAUUGGUUAUCUUGAUGUUUGUAAAAUGUGUCUGGAGAAACAAAAUGGUAUCUUUCAUCCAAACAACAUUAACCAUGUUAAAAUAUUGGAUUUAGCUUUUGAAAGUGCCAUAAAAAUGGAGCAAUGGAAAGAGAGUUUGAAAUAUGGAAUUCUUUUGAUCGAUGGAUAUAGGGUUUAUUAUAAUGAAUGGCACCCUUCUUUAGGAGUUUUGUACAUGAAAUUGUUUAAAUUGUCUUCCAUUGUUGAAAAUUCUGAAUCAGCUGUAAAGUACUUGAAAAAGGGAAUGUCUAUCUUAAAAGUCACACAUGGGGAAGAUCAUAAAUUAUAUAAAAAUGAAGUUCUUCCAUACUAUAAAGAAUUAAUUCAGUAUUUUUAAACAUUAAAUAAUAAAUUCAAUAUUUGAUGYAUUAAUAUGUAAUGAUAUAAUAUUAUGACGUACAUGAUUGUGUUUUGUGUACAUAGUUUAUACUAAUAGACGGAACAUGGUUGUAGCUCCGGUGUCCAAGUGUGAKKUGGCGCUGAUUAAGGUAGUACACCGUACAAGAACUAUGAGAUUGUGAAAUAAUUUUUUAUUUUACUUGUUCCUACGACUUAUCAAUACACUGCAUAUUGUCACAAUAGUAAUAGUAUAUUAUUGUUAUCCUUCUGGUUUCAAAUUUUCAACUGUUUGUCUUGAAUCUUUCAAUAAUAUACUUUUUAUUUAUAUUUGCCUUUUAGGUAUUAUUUUUUGGUUUUCCUUAUGUUKAUUAACUUAAUUUUGACUUUCAAGUUUGUACUAAGAUGCUUAGGUCAGAAUAAAGUUUACAAAACUAAUUUUAUUUGAAA